AAAAGGAGCAAAAGCAACUGCAGUUGGAGGCAGCAACGACGUAAACGGUAGUGCGAAACAGCAGCGAUAAACAUAGCGCAGGAAGCGAUACUAGGUACUAGGUCAUCAUGGAACGACGUGGACGCAUCCCAGUGGCCAAGUUUCGUACGCAGGAGGCAAAGACGCGCAGUCGGAGCCGUGUAAAGGAGCCGGAUUACAAUGAACAGGAUCCGGAGCAUGAUAUGUUUACGCUGCUGGAGGAUAACAUAGCGCUAAAGGAAGAGAACAAAGCGCUCAAGCUGGAGAUUGAAUCGCACAAAACCACGCAGGAGGAGCAGCAGGCGCAACACGAAAAGCUAUGCGGUCAAUUGGAGCUGCUGCAGCAGCAGCAAGCCAAAUUCGAGUCAGACAUCAAGGAGCUCACUGUCAAGUUCAAUAAAACACUCAACGAGCGCAAUGCGCUCGACAAGCUGCACAAAAUGAAGGUGGACCAAAUAAACGAUCUCUCUACCGAGCUGGAUCACAUGCGCGAAAAGCAAGUGGGACACCAGGGUGUCGGCUCAGUGGAGCUAAGGCGCAAGCUGUUGAAGAUCCUGCAACAGGACAGCGGUGACGUUGCUAACGACUUGGAUAGUCUGGUCGAUGUUGAUGCGAACCAGGAUGUGCCCAUUACCAAUGGUCAGGUAGAGCGUCUAGUGUCCGAAUUCUUGACGCUCAAACAUGCCACGAACGCCGUAGAGCUGCAGCUAUAUGAAGCCAAUGAGAAGAUAGCCGAACUAGUGGAGCACCAACACCUACUCGAGGAGGAGAACGAAACGCUGCGCACCGAGAACGGCAAUUUGACCAAAGUGGCCAAGCUCUUGACCGACAACAUGAAGGAGAGCGUGGAGACGAGUCAGAAAAUGGAGGCCGCUUUGAUAAGAUUGAAGCAGCGGAAUGAUGAACUAACUGCUAAGAUGCGCGAUAUUCCCGAUGGACAGCCGGGGGCAACACCUUCGCCUACAACGCUGCAGUCGCAGGUCGAGUUCGAGCAGAUCACGGACCAGGUGCAACAUCAGGCGCGCGAGCACAACGAACGCAUCGUGGAAAUGAAAAACCUAAUGGAUGCGGCUAUUGCAAAAACUACUAACGAUGAACUAAAAAAAUUACAACUUAAGUUGGAAAUACUCGAGGAGCAGCUGCAUCGGGCCCUAACACGCGCCGACCUGGCCGAGGAGCAAUUGGUGCGCUAUCAGCAAGCAGAAAAGCACGCAACAUCAACAAGAGUUGCACCACCACCUCCACCACCACCACCACCACCACCGCCACCGCCAAUGCCCGCCAAGGUACUUUACACUCCAGCGAUGGCUGUGGGUGCGUCUGGUGCUGCUGGUGGAGAUGGGGCAACUGGCAGCUUCAGUCAGCACAUUGCCGCGCAUAAUUUGCACAAAGGCCUCGGCGAUAAGAUUAUCGACAGCGUCAAGCAACAGGUACAGGUGCAAGCGACAACAGGUCUUGACGCUAUAGUGCGCGAAUUCAAAUCUGGACGCGUGACGCUGCGCCGCAAUCGUCGGAAAACCAACACGAGCGAAGCUCUGAAGGAGAUGUUCCAAGUACUCGAGAUAAGCCAGAAGCAGAAUCGAAACUCAAAGAUUUGUGUCGACCUGAAUACAACAUUAUAAGACUCUCUACCUAUCUCUUUUACUUUGGUCUCAAAUCUAAAGUCUACGCUUUGCUUUAACAACAAAACAUUCCGUGCAUUUGAAUAUUUAUUUAUUAGACUCUGCUAUUUAAUUCACUAAUCGUGCCUUUUCUU